CCAAAUCUGAUGUAGAAGAUAUCACACCAUCAUCAUAUCAAUCAUCAAUUAUUUCUUCUCCAUUGCUUCUUCUUCUUCUACCUUCCACACAUCUUUUUAAUGCUAUAAUUAUAGUUUUCAAAAAUCAAUCAUGCCCCUCUUCUCUUUCUCCCAUUACAAAUUCCUUUGGAGAUGUUCAAUUGCAUUUGCAUUUUUCUUAACCCUUUUCUUCAUUGCAAACUCACUCACUCUCCAACCCCAAUCCACUUCAACACCAUGCAACAAAGACCCCUACAAGCAACUCAAUCUAAUCCUUAACCAAAACGGCACCGUCACACGCCCCAACAAACCCCCCGACAGCCCGCCCGCAGCGGAUCCCUCUCUCCUCGUACUCUCCAAAGACCUCUCCAUCAACCAAUCCAAGGGCACAUGGGCGCGGGUGUACCUUCCCCGCGCAGCACAGGAUCACCGCUCCAAGCUCCCCCUGGUGGUUUUCUUCCAUGGUGGAGGGUUCAUUUUUCUCAGUGCAGCCUCAACGAUCUUCCACGAGUUUUGCUUCAACAUGGCAAAUGACGUCGAUGCGGUCGUAGUGUCCGUGGAGUACCGUCUCGCACCGGAACAUAGACUACCCGCGGCGUACGAUGAUGCCGUGGAGGCGCUGCAGUGGAUAAAAGCCAGCCAGGAUAACUGGCUCAAAAACCUCGUCGAUUACUCCAAUGUUUUUCUCAUGGGGAGUAGUGCCGGGGGAAACAUCGCCUACAACGCCGGUCUACGUGUAGCCGCGGCUGCCGACGACAAGAUUCCUGAGAUCAAAGGGCUUAUUUUGGUUCAACCGUUUUUCAGUGGGACCCACAGGACAGGUUCGGAGCGGAGGCUGGCGAACGAACCUCAUCUGGGGCUGUGCUUUAAUGACGCGAUGUGGGAGUUGUCAUUACCGGUUGGGGUUGACCGUGAUCACAAGUAUUGCAAUCCGACGGCGGGGAAGGGUCGUGCGAGAUUGGAAUUGAUCAAAAGGCUUGGAUGGUGGGUCCUGGUUACCGGAUGUGGAGGUGACCCGCUGGUGGAUCGUCAGGUGCAUCUUGUUAAGUUGAUGCAAGAGAAGGGUGUGAAAGUUGUGGGGCAUUUCACCCCAGGGGAUUAUCAUGGGAUUCAAGAUAGUGAACCAUUGAAGGCAAAGGUGCUAUAUGGAGUUAUCAAAACUUUCAUUUCAGCUUUAAAUUAAUCAUCAUUGCUUAAGAGUUAGAGUAAGAAUUUCUAGUAAUUGCAUCGUUGAAUAAGUAAAGACAAAGAGUGAAGAAUUUGUUUUCUUUUUGUCUUCAUUACAAAGCUCUGGUCUUCAUUCACAGUUCA